AUGGCAGAAAAAAUGAAAGAGCAGAGAAAAAGGCAGCAGGAAGAAGCGCGUAAGGCAGAAGCUAAGAAACGUGCUAUUGAGGAGAAAGAGACGAAGAAUGCUGAGCCCGCUAUGCAACGGGCUACUAGAGGGAGCCAACGAAUAGCCAGGGAGCCUAAAAACUCAGCUUCAACAGCUCAGUCGAACGGUUCUAAAUUGCCAACCCGCGGUCGAGGCAAGAAGAGCGUCGAUGGAACUUCUAUUUCCGAUUAUUUCAAAAACGCUACCACCGAAAUUGCAGAGGAUAACCCAACCGUUCAAGAAGCCCUUGCGCAAGCUGCUGAUGAGUUUGAAGUAAAACCUGCUACUCUUGGUGAACAAGACCUCGUGGCAACUCAGCAGCCAGCACUCGUAACGGGUGGGAGAAUGAGGGAAUACCAAUUGGAAGGAUUAGAAUGGCUGAAAUCGCUCUGGAUGAAUGGGUUAUGUGGCAUUCUUGCAGACGAAAUGGGACUUGGGAAGACAGUCCAAGCCAUAUCACUUAUCGCGUUCUUCAAGGAGCAUAAUGUCUCGGGCCCCUUUCUGAUUGCUGCUCCGCUGAGCACAGUGAGCAAUUGGGUAAAUGAGUUUUCUCGGUGGACUCCCGGCAUUGAAACAGUCUUAUACCAUGGGACGAAGGAGGAGCGCAACCAGAUCAGAAGGAAGCGAAUGAAGAUGCAGGACCAAAAAAAUAUCGACUUUCCGGUUGUUUGUACUUCGUACGAGAUAUGCAUGAAUGAUCGAAAAUUCCUCGCAAACUAUCAGUGGAAAUACAUCAUCGUUGACGAGGGUCAUCGGCUUAAGAAUAUGAAUUGCAAGCUAAUCAAAGAGUUGUUGACCUACAAUUCCGCUAAUCGCCUGCUGAUAACAGGGACACCUUUGCAAAAUAAUAUCGCAGAGCUCUGGUCUCUGCUACACUUUUUGCUACCUGAGAUAUUUAAUGAUCUCAAUAGCUUCCAAAAUUGGUUUGACUUCUCCUCUGUCUUGGAUUCCUCGGGACAAAAAGAUGUCAUCGAAAAGAGAAAAAGGAAUUUAGUAUCGACUAUGCAUGCAAUUUUAAAGCCGUUUUUGCUGCGUCGUGUCAAAACGGAUGUUGAGACUGAUCUACCCCAAAAACGAGAAUAUAUAUUGUAUGCGCCUCUAACGCCAGAGCAGAAGGAGCUGUACAUGGCUAUCAUUCAAGGUACCAGCCGACAAUAUUUGGAGGAUAAAGCCGUGGAGAGAAUCGAGUCUAGAAAGGCGUCAGCCAACCAGUCCAGAGCGCAAAGUUUGAAGCGCAAAACGAAAGACAGUGGCAGCUCUACUCCUAUUAAGAGCCUGAAAUCGAGCCGAGAUUCCACACCUGGUUCUAACCUCGGACGGACAGUUAGAAAAAGGGCGAAGCAACGUUACAACGAUAUCACCGAUCGAGAGUUUAACGCAAAACUACGAAGGCUCGAAAACGGGUUUGAUGAACAGGAAGUAGAAGAAUCUGAGCCCAGUGAAAGUGAGCUCCUGGAGAUUGAGCGAGUUAAGACUAUGAAAUUGGCUAAAAAAGAGAUUGCUUCAAAGAAACUCCAAAAUCCAAUUAUGCAGGCACGGCUGGCCUGCAAUUCUCCGCAUAAUUUCUACUGGCCCUGGGAUGAGGACUCAAACAUUGACGAGUCGAUCGUGACCUCGUCUGGUAAGAUGCUCCUUUUAGACCGCCUUGUUCCCUGUUUGCUGUCAAAGGGCCAUAAAAUCCUCCUGUUCUCGCAAUUUAAGACGCAACUAGACAUCUUACAGGACUGGGCAUAUUUACGUGACUGGAACUGCUGCCGUAUUGAUGGUGCAGUCAGUCAGGUGGAUCGGCAAGCGCAAAUUUAUGCUUUCAAUACAGACUCAAACUACAAAAUCUUCCUGCUGAGUACUCGUGCUGGCGGACAAGGAAUCAACCUCACUGCGGCCGACACGGUAAUUCUAUACGACUCAGACUGGAAUCCGCAGCAAGAUCUCCAAGCCCAGGAUCGAGCUCAUCGUAUCGGACAAACGAAACCGGUGCUAGUAUAUCGACUAGCCACCAGGGGUACAGUUGAGCAACGCUCCUUGAGCGGGCUGAUUCGAAGCGCAGAUUAG